AUCGCCAAGGUGAAGGACGCGACGUCGAUCGAUAUCCGUCAAUGCCCGUCCGUCAUCAGUCGAAUCUGAAUGAGACAGCUACUGUUGCCAGGCCUGGAAGGAAUAUCACACUGCUAUGAUAAAGAUGGGAUAAGAAUAUACGAUGAAUCUCGAGAAACCAUCCUUGUUCUCAGAAGAGGUGGAAAUCGAGGCGGAUGAUAAUAAUGAUUUUGUAAGCAAUUCAUCAUCUGCAUCUGUAGUCCAAUCUUUGGGGAAAUCUGCUGCAGAAGGCUUAUUAACGGGAUCUAAAAAUAAUUCAACAAUCAAUAGUGGUUCUCCUACAACGCCAAUUGCAAAUAAAGGACAACAAAAGUUUACAUACAACAAGGGCUUGAUGAUUAGACGCCUUGAUGGUCAAGGACAAGUUGCUGGUUCUGGAUCUUCAAAUUCAGAAAAAAAGGAUGAUCCUCAGCCAGGCCCAAGUGAGGGACAACAAAAAAGUAGCACAAACAUGAAAUCUGAAGUUGGAUCUGGUAUAAUUAACACUGCCAAGUUGUUGUGUAAAUCAGGGAAGAUAAACUCCAAUCAGCUGCAGCAACUUCUCAAAUAUGUGACCCUGACGCGCGGCAUUACCUCGAGUAGUUCAACUAGUGGGAAGACGGAUCACAUCAAAUUGGCCAACUUGCUAAGUCAACUCACUCAGCAAUUGAAAGGUAAACAGGUGGAAUCAGUCUCUCAGCAAAAGCAAUCGGGCAAUCAUCAGGUGGAUUUGGAGGGUCGGCAGGCUCAAUUGGGUAGUCAGCAGUUGGAUUUGGAGGGUAGGCAGGCUCAAUUGGGUAGUCAUCAGUCGGAUUUGGAGGGUCGGCAGGCUCAGUUGGGUAGUCAUCAGUCGGAUUUGGAGGGUCGGCAGGCUCAAUUGGGUAGUCAUCAGUCGGAUUUGAGUCGGCAGCAAGUGCAGUCCAUUGGUGAACAGGUGAAAUUGGGUGGUCAACAGACACAUGUACGGCAUGUAGUUACUAAGGAAACAUUCCAACCUGAUGUGACAAAAGAUUUGAGUAAGACCUUGUCUACAGCACAGCCUGUCAGCCAUCCUAAGCUGUGUCAGUCCACAGGGCCUGAUAUUAACAACGCCCCCACCACCAAUACUGCUGUUAGAAGCAGUGCCAAUAUCACUAGCAGCAGGAAUCAGGGGUCAUUAGUGACAAAGAUGUUGCAAGGGAUUGACUUGCAGGCAUUCACUUCUGUGGACCAGGCUCUGUCCCUGUUUGAGGUGGCCCCUGCUCAGCAACAACAGAACACACCUCAGUUUCUUCCUGACAGCCUCCACACUGUCUCCGGGUCUUACUGCCCAUCCACUUCCUGUGUGUCGGUGAAGUCUGCGACAACACUACCCACACAGAUUGAUGUAGGACAUAAUUUGGACAACGGUAUGAUGGAGGCCAAUGCCUCGCCAGAUUGGGAGUACUCUGGUACCAAUCUAGCUGACCUCCUGAUCCCAGAUAACAGUGAACCGGAGGCUGAAAAAGAUGACGAUGCUUGGUCAACAGCAUCUCUGGCCAGUGGAGAUGGACAAUUGCUGAGGAUGUUGAAAACAGGAUCUACAGAUGAACUGCCUGGCACAUCAGGAAUCAGCUAUAGUGAAAACACUAUACAGGACAAAACUCCAAAUGAUGUUGAAGCUUCUGAAUUUUACUGUAGUCCUGAGAAAGUGUUGAAGUUAGAAUCAUCCCCAAACGUCCAGCCCAAUGUCUCAAGUGGUUUUACAAAUUUUGCAUUACCUUGCACAAAUCCAAAGUCAUCAAAUAUGAAACGUAAGCGGUACAAAAAGACAGCAGAUGCUCUACAGGGUUCUGGUUUGAUGGACAUUACUGUGAAAACUGCAGAACUUAUACAAAGAAAUAGGAAGUUACAAAAAGACAUUGAACAGUUAAAAAGUCAAGCAGCUCAAUUUUAUCAAAGUGUUCUUCAAAAUCCAGAAAAUAGAGAAAUUGGAGAGAAGUUAAAAAUGACAGAGGAGCAAAACAUUCAACCAUAACUGAGUGUUAAUAUAAAGUUGGUAGAAAAUACAUUUCCUGUUUAUGUCAUGUUAAGUUAAUAUCACGGUUUCCUCUGACAAAUGAAAAGUGAUAAUAAGUGAAAUCUAUGGUAGUAUCAUUGGCUAGUUUAUUGAUUGUGGAUUUUUAGGUCACCUGAGCUUUGCUCAGGUGACCUAUUCCAAUCGCUUUCCGUCCGUCGUCGUCCGU